GCGCAGGGUGCCUGGACAAGCAGCAAGGAGCUGGGGACGGUGUUUAGGCUGCGUGAGCCCCAGGUCCCUUCUGGACGCUGGCAGGAGAACCCGUACCUGUGCAGUGACGAGUGCGACGCCUCCAACCCCGACCUGGCCCACCCACCGAAGCUCAUGUUCGACAGCGAGGACGAAGGGCUGGCCACGUACUGGCAGAGCGUGACGUGGCGCCGGUACCCGGAGCCGCUGUUGGCCAACAUCACCCUGUCCUGGAACAAGAGCAUCGAGCUGACGGAUGACAUCGUGAUAACCUUCGAGUACGGCCGACCCACCAUCAUGAUGCUAGAGAAGUCGCUGGACAACGGGAGGACUUGGCACCCGUACCAGUAUUACGCAGAUGACUGCAUGGAGGCCUUCAGCAUGCCAGCACGGAGGGUCCGGGACCUCUCCACCACCAGUGCCAACAGGGUCCUCUGCACGGAGGAGUAUUCCCGCUGGGCAGGCUCCAAAAAAGAGAAGACCGUCCGGUUUGAGGUGAGGGACCGCUUUGCCAUCUUCGCUGGCCCCGACCUCAAGAACAUGGACAACUUGUACACCCGGCUGGAGAGCGCCAAAGGGCUCAAGGACUUCUUCACCGUGACCGACCUGCGGAUGAGGUUGCUGAGACCAGCCCUGGGGGGCACCUACGUGCAGAGGGAGAACUUGUACAAGUACUUCUAUGCUGUCUCCAACGUUGAAGUCACCGGCAGGUGUAAAUGCAACCUCCACGCUAACCUGUGCACCUUCAAAGAGGGCAGCCUUCAGUGUGAGUGCGAGCACAACACCACGGGGCAGGACUGCGGCAAGUGCAAGAAGAACUUUCGCUCCAGGUCUUGGCGAGCAGGAUCCUACCUGCCUCUCCCCAAUGGGUCCCCCAACGCAUGUGCAGCUGCAGGCUCAGCCUUUGGCAGUAAGUACAAACCGUAUGAGCGACCGCAGCGCGUCACCACUGCAAAAAACACCACCGCAAAAAUGACCACCACCACCACGCCCACAACCACCACCACGCCAACCACCACCACCAGCACCCCCCUACCUCCCACCACCACCCAGCCAGCAAACCUGAAGAUUGUUACCAAUAUUGAGGAGACGGGGAGGGGGAGGGGUGUCGAGCAGCGCCGAGGUCCUUAUGCCAACACGGGCGCAGGGUUUGAGAACGGGCAGCUCGGCACACGGCUGCCCUCCUGCCCUCCUGCGCCAGCUCCCCCGGUAACGCGGAUUUUCCCCUUUGAUGGCUGCAAGGCUACACCAGCUUGUCGGCGGCUGCCCCGCUGCAAGUGGGCUCUGCCCCGGCCAAGGCCAGCCCAGGAGCAGAAGACUGAGGGUGCCUCGGCCCCCCCCACCCGCGCCAGCUACAUCGACUUCCUCAACGUGGUGACCUGUGUGAGCUGCAAGCACAACACGAGGGGCCAGCACUGCCAGCACUGCCGCCUGGGCUUCUACCGCAACAGCUCGGCAGAGCUGGACGACGAGAAUGUAUGCAUAGAAUGUAACUGCAACCAGAUCGGCUCCAUGCACGACCGCUGCAACGAGACCGGCUACUGUGAAUGCAAGGAAGGCGNNNCACCCCCACCCUCCCCUCCCUCCCAUCCCGCAGCCAACGUCUGCGACGACGAGCUCCUGCUCUGCCAGAACGGCGGCACGUGCUACCAGAACCAGCGCUGCAUCUGCCCCGCGGGCUUCAAGGGGGUCCUGUGCCAGCAGUCCAGGUGCGAAGCCGACAAGAAGGACUGCGACGGUGCCCCUG